AACAAAACUUUCUAUCUAGUCUUCUUAUAAAACAAUUCUUAAAGGGGUUUGUGUCAAACAACUGCUUUGAAUUAAGGAAUCGUCAGGUGUUGCUCCGAUGCUCUAACUUCCAGGAGAAAGGUUUUUUCUAUGCUAAAAUAUGCAAACUAUCCAUCAGUUUCCAUUUCCUCUCUCCCCUGAACGCCCUUUCUCAAAUCCGGUGGGUGUGGGAAGGUUCCAGAGAUGAUAUUUACACGCGCCUUUACUUAAACCACUUGGGUGGAGUCCAGCAGAGGCGACUCUAUAACCGAGGGGUUUUUAACACUAUUGCCAAAUAGCAGUAGAAGGGACACUUUGAUUAUCUACACAAGCGAUUUGGGAGCUCCAGAGCAGUUGUUCUAGGGAAAAUUGACCGAGGAACGGAAGACGUCUGAGGAGCCUCAACCCCAAGUGAAGGCAGGAACGUUGGCUCUGUUUCUCGUGCGUUCACCUUCCGCAGCCUUCUCCUCGGUUGUUGAGGAAUUGUGGAAACUCCCUCACCUGUCAGAACCCAGAUUUGCUGAGGAAGGGAGCGCGGGCACUCAGCGCUUUGCCGCCACUCCCCUGAAGCUCCUGCAACGGCGAAGACCCAGAAGCAGCGCAGGUGCUGAAGGUUUAGACCCAGAUGUUAGCGCGCCCCCACCCCAGUCAGCCCCCAGUGAGACCCACUCCACUGCCAACAGACGCCAUUUGUCAGGGGUGCCCGGCUCGAGGGCACAAGCUGCGGCGGAGUGUUCCUGGACGCUCCGCCUUCUUCUCCUAAGCCGCGAACAGCAGGAACCAGAAACCUUUCCUUAGGACCUUGCCUUCGGCCCCUUCUGCUUUUGGGGCUUGACUCUCCUGGCCAGUCUUCCUCCCCUGGCCUCCUGCAGCGCCUGCCUCCUUCUCCUCCACCGCCGCCCCUGGCCAGUCCCCUUGGGGCCCCUGGGCAGCUCCACCCCAACUUUGCGCGUGAGUCGCGCCCUCUCCUCCCAAGCCCCUUCUCUAGGUCCACCUACUCCGGCGCAUACAACAAGCUGCACUCGAGUUUGGAGGAAGCCAAUUCAAACCUUCUCUGAUCUCCUCGGAAAAAAAGCAAAAAACAAAGAAAAAAGAAAAACCCGAAUAAGGUUAUCCGACUCGGGAGGUAAGGAGAUAACGCACUCUGCAUACGCUGGCACCCCCUAAGUUGAAGGAACCCUGCAUCUGCCUUGACUUGUGCUGCCGAGGAACUAUCCUUCUCGCCCCCCGGGAAGAACUGUCAGCCAGAAAGAAAUCUCUUCGACCGAGUUAGCUCUUGGGACGCGUUUUAGAGGAAAAAGAGACCUCCCUUCUCCAACUAAACUCGUCCUUGUCUAUUAAUCCUUCGAUCAGACUGGGGCUGGAAAAGCUGAGGGGGAGAAGCCACUUUCAGGGAGAGAAUCAGUAGCGGGUACUAAAUCUGGUCCCGACGCCCCGGGUGACCCAUACUUAGGGGGCAGUGCGAAACCAUGGCCGGGUGCUGCUGCUUGUCCGCGGAGGAGAAGGAGUCGCAGCGCAUCAGUGCCGAAAUUGAGCGGCAGCUGCGCAGGGACAAGAAAGACGCGCGUAGGGAGCUCAAGCUGCUGCUGCUGGGUACUGGCGAGAGUGGGAAAAGCACCUUUAUCAAGCAAAUGAGGAUUAUUCAUGGGUCUGGUUACUCGGAUGAAGACAGAAAAGGCUUCACAAAACUGGUUUAUCAAAAUAUAUUUACCGCUAUGCAAGCGAUGAUCAGAGCCAUGGACACUUUACAUAUACAAUAUGUAUCUGAGCAGAACAAGGAAAAUGCUCAGAUGAUUAGAGAAGUGGAAGUAGACAAAGUGUCCAUGUUGCCCAGGAAACAAGUGGAAGCAAUCAAAAAAUUAUGGGAGGACCCUGGAAUCCAGGAAUGUUAUGAUCGAAGAAGAGAAUACCAACUCUCGGACUCAGCGAAAUAUUACUUGAGUGAUAUUGAUCGAAUUGCUAUGCCAUCAUUUGUGCCAACACAACAAGAUGUUCUCCGUGUCCGAGUGCCUACAACUGGAAUUAUUGAAUAUCCCUUUGAUUUAGAAAAUAUCGUCUUUCGGAUGGUGGAUGUUGGAGGCCAGAGGUCUGAGAGACGGAAAUGGAUCCACUGUUUUGAAAGUGUCACCUCCAUCAUUUUCUUAGUAGCUCUGAGUGAAUAUGAUCAAGUCUUGGCUGAGUGUGACAAUGAGAAUCGCAUGGAAGAGAGUAAAGCCUUAUUUAAAACCAUCAUCACUUACCCCUGGUUUCUGAACUCAUCAGUGAUUUUGUUCUUAAACAAAAAAGAUCUUUUAGAGGAGAAAAUCAUGUACUCCCAUCUUAUCAGCUAUUUCCCAGAAUACACAGGACCUAAACAGGAUGUCAAAGCUGCCAGAGACUUCAUCUUGAAGCUUUAUCAAGACCAGAAUCCUGACAAAGAGAAAGUUAUCUAUUCCCACUUCACAUGUGCUACUGACACAGAAAACAUCCGCUUUGUGUUUGCAGCAGUCAAAGACACUAUUCUACAGUUAAAUCUGAGGGAAUUCAACCUUGUUUAAAGGCUGCACUCUCCUUUCUCUCUGCAAUGAGAAAAGAAAGGGCUUUUGGCAUCUUCUUGGUUUCUUCUGCAAAUGCUUCUCAGAUUCUCCUGUUACUACCUUACCCAUUACACUGUGACUCACAUAGGUAUCCAGCCUCCUCUGAAACACAAGCCUGAGCACCAAAUCCACCAUGUUUGCUUAAUAACUGCGACAGGCUCAGAGGAAUAAAGAAAUGGGUGAUGGAGCUUAGAGGAAAGUAUACAAAAGUUUACUGAAGCCUUUAAAAAACUUAUAAAUUUGACUCAUUUUAUGGUUCCUUUUUAAAAUUUUGGCUGAGAUUCUUUUUGUGCAUGAUAUUAAAGAUAUUUAAGACAAAUAUUUUAUAGAUGUCUAUAAAAAACCCCCACUCCAAUUCA